AUGAAUUCCUCGUGCGCCCAUCGCCCGACAGAAAUGUCACAGCUCAGGAACCAGAGCGUGGCGGGAUUCACUGGUGCCAAUGGCUCACACGGCAAUGGACCCUCCGCUGGUUGCUAUGAACAACUGUGGAUCUCGACGAGUGUCUUCAUCAUGCUGGGAAUUGUCAGCCUAUUGGCAAAUAUUUUAGUCAUCACUGCGAUCGUCAAAAACAAGAACCUUCACUCGCCUAUGUACUUCUUCAUCUGCAGCUUAGCAGUGGCCGACAUGCUGGUCAGUUUAUCCAAUGCCUGGGAGACCGUCUUCAUUGCCAUGCUGAAAAGCCGACAUUUACUGGCUCAGGACAACAUGAUAAAGAGCAUGGACAAUGUGUUUGACUCAAUGAUCUGUAGCUCCCUCCUUGCCUCCAUUUGCAGCUUGUUGGCCAUCGCCAUUGACAGGUAUAUCACCAUCUUCUAUGCCCUGCGCUACCAUAACAUCAUGACAGUAAGGCGGGCUUUGAUAAUCAUUGCUGGUAUCUGGGGAGCUUGUAUCGGCUGUGGAAUCCUCUUCAUUAUCUACUCGGAGAGCACCACUGUGGUCAUCUGCCUCAUCGCCAUGUUCUUUGCCAUGCUCGCCAUCAUGGCCUCGCUCUAUGUCCACAUGUUCUUGCUGGCCCGCUUGCAUGUCAAACGCAUCGCAGCUUUGCCUGGCAGUGGCGCCAUCCACCAGUCAGCCAACAUGAAAGGAGCAAUCACCCUGACCAUUCUGCUGGGGAGUUUUAUUGUCUGCUGGGCUCCGUUCUUCCUGCACCUCAUCCUCAUGAUCUCCUGCCCCCGAAACCCUUACUGCAUCUGCUUCAUGUCGCACUUCAACAUGUACCUAAUCCUCAUCAUGUGCAACUCAGUCAUCGAUCCCCUCAUCUAUGCUUUCCGUAGUCAGGAGAUGCGGAAGACCUUCAAAGAAAUAAUCUGCUGUCUGCGGGGAAAUUGCGAUCUGACAAGUUAA